GUCAAUUUGGCAUCACUCCAAGACUUUGACCUUUUCUUUCAUUCCAGAUUAAUUUUCUUCUCUCUCUCUCUCUCUCUCUCUCUUAUUGCUGUGUAGUUGAAGAAGAAAUACAGUAUCAUUCAAAAUCCUCACAAUGGAUAUCGAAAAAGUUUCAGGAGGUGAUCAGUCUGUGCAGCCAAAAGAUGAAAGCCAUGUUGAUGUUGAUGUUGAUGUUGAUGAAGAGGUGAAACAAAUUCUGAUGAAAGCAUACCAGGGAGAGUUGGUUGACAGAGUUGACCUUUCCGGCCGGCAGCUCAUCAUCCUGCCGGAACCCUUUGGGAAGCUUCACGCCUUGCUUUCUCUCAAUCUUUCCCACAAUCAACUACAGGCGAUUCCAGACUCAAUAGCAGGGCUAGUUAAAUUGGAAGAGCUGAACUUAUCAGCUAACCUUCUUCAAUCCCUACCAGAUUCUAUAGGCUUGUUGAUCAAUCUGAAGAUUUUGGAUGUCUCCGGGAAUAAACUUAAGGCCCUCCCUGCCACCAUUGCUGGCUGCAGGGCAUUGGUGGAGUUGGAUGCAAGCUACAACAAUCUGACAAUUUUGCCGAAAAACAUUGGCUAUGGACUCGCAAAUCUUGAGAAGAUGAAUGUCUCCCUUAACAAGCUAUGCAUCCUGCCAAUAUCCAUUUGCGAAAUCAAGUCCCUGAGAUACUUAGACGUGCAUUUCAAUGAGCUCCACGGCCUGCCGGCGGCAAUCGGCAUGCUCACCAAUCUUGAGUUCUUGAACGCCAGCAGCAACUUCAACGAUCUGAAAGAACUCCCAGAAACAAUCUGCAAUGUCGCGAAUCUGAAAGAGCUGGAUCUGAGUAACAACCAAAUCCGCGUCCUCCCGGACGGAUUUUACCAGCUGGAGAACCUCUCCAGGCUGAAUUUGGAUCAGAAUCCGCUGGUAAUUCCGCCGGCGGAGAUAGGGAAGGAAGGGGAGGAAGCCGUGAAGGAGUUCAUGAGGAAGAGGAUGAUGGAGAUGAUGGCGGCGGCGGAGGAGAGGAUGACGGCGGAAGCGAAUAAGGAAACGCAGACAGGGUGGUUGACUUGGGGUUCAUCAAUGGUGAAUAGCCUGGUUUCCGAGGUUUCUCGGGGAUAUUCAGAUUACUUUGGAGGGAAUGCUCCCAGUCCUAGUCCCAGUCCCAGGGCCGGGGAUCCCUUUUUGGAUCACCCGCGAUGAGAUAAUCCCCAUAAUGCCCUUUCGGGUAGCGGUUGUGAGUUUACUUUUGUCACAAAUCUUCAGGCCAACUGAUCCAC